AAUACAUGUCAAUAUUUAUAUAUGAUUUAAUAGUUUAUUUUAAUAAAUAUCAGAAAUCUGAAAGGUGUUUCUCAUACCAGACACCUACAUGAACACUUUACAGUUGGUUAUAUGACUGUAAGUCAUUCAAUUCAAAUGCUAUUGAAGUUAGAAACAUGUUUAACAAUGUCGUAUGUAACUUUACAGAUGGUCCAUUAAUUUCCCCUUAUCUGUCAAUAUCGAACGUCCAACAUCAAUCCCACUUUUUACCCAGUUUAAACCCAAACAAUCUAAAAACGACACGGAGGAACGUUCGUUUAAACAUCAUCAUCAUCGGUUGCUCAGAAAUAGACACUAGUUGGAUCAAGGGACUCCGUUGGAGAUAAACGUUUCUAUCUAGGGACUCAGAUGGAGGGGCCUGGGGAACCUGAGGAGGAGAAAUGUUGCAUUUGUUUUAACAGAAUCACUGGCCCGUGUUCAGAAUGUGAGGACAUAAUCCCUGCUGUCACACGUGAGGAGUGCCCAGUGUCCAGGGGAGUGUGUAAUCAUAGAUUUCACUUCCACUGUAUCUCCCGCUGGCUAGAAGAGCAAAACAUAUGUCCUUUGGACAGGAGGUCAUGGACAUUUGAGGAUGUGUGAUCGCUG